UCCCCCCAACUCCGAGUCAACGUCAGGGGUUCUGUUCUUGGGAGGAGAGGAAAUCCCCGUUCAGACAAUUCAUUCCGAGUCCCCGAUCCUCUUCGAAGAGUAAAAUGGAUAUUUCGAGCUUGAGCAUCAAGGUCUCGCUCUCCCUCAAAAUCCACACCUUCCGAUUCAAGUUCAGGGACUGAAUCCUCUCUCUCUCGCGCGCCUCUCCCUGUCUCCCCUCUCCAUUUUGCUUUUUUCAGCUCCCGCUUUGGCUCCUGUUCGAGGUAGCUCGCGAAUUUCUAGGGUUUUAUGGGUGCGAGUUUGUCGGGGAUUUCGUCGGACCCGGACGGGGAUAACGCUCUGUCGAAGCCGAGGCUGGGUGAUAUACCGGAGAGCUGCGUGGCGUCGGUGCUGAUGUACUUGGAUCCGCCCGAAAUCUGUAGCUUGGCCCGAUUGAAUCGGGCUUUUCGCGGGGCUUCUUCUGCGGAUUUCAUCUGGGAAUCCAAAUUGCCGGAGAAUUACAGGGUGAUUGUCGACAAAGUGUUGGAAGAGCCGAAAGUGUUGAAUUUGGGCAAGAAGGAGAUCUAUGCUCGACUUUGCAGGCCUAAUUCUUUUGAUGGCGGUACAAAGGAAAUUUGGCUGGAUAAGAGGACGGGUGGGGUUUGUCUGUCCAUUUCAUCCAAGGCCUUGAUGAUCACCGGAAUAGAUGAUCGAAGAUACUGGAAUCACAUUUCGACCGAGGAAUCUAGAUUCCAUACGGUUGCGUAUCUACAGCAAAUCUGGUGGUUUGAAGUAGAUGGAGAGUUGGAAUUUCCAUUUCCUGCAGGGACAUACAGCGUCUUCUUCAGAGUCCAGCUCGGUAAGUCGACUAAGAGACUGGGCCGCCGCGUAUGCAAUCCAGAGCAUGUCCACGGCUGGGACAUAAAGCCUGUCCACUUCCAGCUCACAACUUCCGAUGGACAGCGCGUCGUGUCCCAGUGCCAUGUGGACAAUCCUGGGAACUGGAUCCAUUACCACAUGGGAGACUUUGUCGUCGGGAACCCCGACGCAUCCACAAAGAUCAAAUUUUCAAUGACCCAGAUCGACUGUACUCACACCAAAGGCGGUCUCUGUGUCGACUGCGUUUUGAUAUAUCCUAGCGGUGUAGGUAAAUUGAUUAAUUCAUUGUCGUAGUGCGAGUAUUGUAGCGGGAUGGAGAAGCAUGCGAUAGUACAUAGUUUGGGCGAACCGUAGAGCUAGUUUUGAUUGGAUCUUGAAAGCUCACUGUGUCCGUGUACAUAUGUGUUUUGUUUUUGCUACUGUCCCUUGCAAAUAAUCAACUUUCUGGGCAAUACCGUGUAACUAUUUCUUCUUCCUUUCCACAUGCGCGAUGAAAUUGGUUCUAUGAAGAGCAUUUCGGCA